CCGGAAACUGCGCAUGCGCUCGGUGGACGACAUGCUGGGGAGAAUCAGCAGCAGGAGAUGAAGACGUCUCUGGGCGCGAUCCACUGGAACCGGGAUGCUGAGAACACACCAGCAUUUAUUGAUCUGUUCAGUCUGCGGGAAGUGAUUCAUCCAAGCUGAUGAUACGUCAGGAAACCCAGAGCAGUGAAGGGUCGAUCACUUGCUGUUUGUGUAGGAAGGGAUUCACUCACUCAGCCGACCCGCAGAGACACCAGUGGGCUGUCAGGGGAGAGAGACUGUUCAAUUGUUCCGUGUGAGGGAACAGAGGCUGUUCACCUGCUCAGGCUGUGGGAAGGGAUUCACCCCAACUACAGAGACACCAGCGGGUACACACAAGAGAGGGGCAAUUCACCAACUCAGUCUGUGGAAUCCCUCAGCCAUCCCACCUGUAGACAUAACUGUCAGUUCACACCGGAGAGAUGAUUUCGAUCGUCUCACCUGAAGGAACAUCAGAGAGUCCACACGGGGGCGAGGCCCCUUACCUGUUCGGAAUGUGGCCAGGGAUUCACUCAAUCAUCUGACCUAUUGGCUCACCAGUCAGUUCACACGGGGAAAAUGCUGUUCACCUGCUUGGACUGUGGGAAGGCAUUCUGUGAGUCAUCCAGUCUACUGAGACACCAGCGAGUUCACACUGGGGAGAGGCCAUUCACCUGCUUAGACUGUGGGAAGGGGUUCAGUCAGUUAUCUAACCUACUGAGACACCAGCGAGUUCACACUGGGGAGAAACCUUUCACCUGCUCACUUUGUGGGAAGGGAUUCACUCAAUCGUCUUACCUACUGGCCCACCAGCGAGUUCACACUGGGGAGAAACCUUUCACCUGCUCACUUUGUGGGAAAGGAUUCAGUCAUUUACCUCACCUGAAGCAACACCAGCAAGUUCACACUGGGGAGAGGCCAUUCACCUGCUCAGACUGUGGGAAGGGGUUCAGUCGAUCAUGUAACCUGAAGGUACAUCAGCGAGUUCACACUGGGGAGAGGCCAUUCACCUGCUCAGACUGUGGGAAAGGAUUCAAUCACUCAUCCCACCUGAAGCAACAUCAGCGAGUUCACACUGGGGUGAGGCCGUUCACCUGCUGUGAAUGUGGGAAGGGAUUUUCUCAGUCGUGGCACCUUGUGGCACACUGUCAAGUUCACACUGAGGAGAGGCAAUUCACCUGCUCUUAAUGUGGGAAAGGAUUCUGUCUCUCAUCUUAACUGAAGAAACACCAGUGAGUUCACACUGUAGAGAGGCCGUUCACCUGCUCACAUUGUUGGAAGGGAUUUACUCAGUUCUCUAUCUUGGCACACCAAUGAGUUCACACUGAGGAGAAGCCCCUUACCUGCUCAAAGUGUGGAAGGGCUUCACUCAGUCAUCUCACUUGAAGGUACAUCAGCAAGUUCACGAAAGGGAGAGGCUGUUCGCCUGCUCAGACUGUGGGAAGGGAUUCACUCAGUUAUCAAACUUAGAACCAUAGAACAUUACAGCACAGAAACAGGCCUUUUGGCCCUUCUUGGCUGUGCUGAACCAUUUUUCUGCCUAGUACCUGGACCAUAUCCCUCCAUACAGCUCUCGUCCAUGUACCUGUCCAAGUUUUUCUUAAAUGUUAAAAGUGAGCCCGCAUUUACCACUUCAUCUGGCAGUUCAUUCCACACUCCCACUACUCUCUGUGUGAAGAAGCCCCCCCCCCCCCCCAUGUUCCCUUUAAACUUUUCUCCCUUCACCCUUAACCCAUGUCCUCUGGAUACUGACAUUUUAAAUAUAUCUGCCAGAGCCCUUGCAAUUUCAAUACUAGUCUCCUUCAAGGUCCGAGGGAAUACCCUGUCAGGUCCUGAGGAUUUAUGUACUGUGAUUUGCCUCUAGAUAGCAAGCACCUCCUCCUCUUCAAUCUGUAUAGAUUCCAUGACCUCACUACUUGUUUGCCUUAUUUCCAUUGACUCCAUGCCAGUUUUCUUAGUAAAUACAGACACAAAAAACCCAUUUAAGAUCCCCCCCCCCCCAUUUCAUACACAGCUGACCACUCUGAUCUUCAAGAGGACCAAUUUUAUCCCUUACUAUCCUUUUGUUCUUAAUAUACCUGUAGAAGCUCUUUGGAUUAUCCUUCACCCUGACUGCCAAAGCAACCUCAUGUCCUCUUCUGGCCCUCCUGAUUUUUUUCUUAAGUUUUUUUUGUACUUUUUAUACUCUUCAAGCACUUUAUUUGCUCCCUGUUGCCCAUACAUGUCAUACAUCUCUCUCUUCUUCUUUAUCAGAGUUCCAAUAUCCCUUGAGAACCAAGUUUCCUUAUUCUUAUUCACUUUGCCUUUAAUCCUGACAGGAACAUACAAACUCUGCAUUCUCUAAAUUUCUCCUUUGUAGGCCUCCCACUUACCAAUCAAAACCUUGCCAGAGAACAACCUGUCCCAAUAUACGAUUUUAGAUCCUUUUUCAUUUCUUCAAAGUUGGCCUUUUUCCAGUUUAGAACUUCAACCCAAGGACCAGAUCUAUCUUUAUCCAUGGUCAAGUUGAAACUAAUGGUGUUAUGAUCACUGGAACCAAAGUGUUCCCCCACACACACUUCUGUCACCUGUCCCAAUCAAUAUGUGGAAAAUUAAAAUCCCCUACUAUUACAACUUUGUUUCCUGCAGUUGUCUGCCAUCUCUCUGCAGAUUUGCUCCUCCAAUUCUCGCUGACUAUUGGGUGCUCUAUAAUACAUCCCCAUUAAUGUGGUCAUACCGUUCCUGUUUCUCAGCUCCACCCAUAUGGCCUCGGUAGACAAGCCCUCUAAUCUGUCCUGCCUGAGCACUGCUGUAACAUUUUCCCUGACUAGCAAUGCCACCCCCCCCCCCCGCCACCCAUCAUUCCUCUGCCUCUAUCAUGUCAAAACAUCAGAACCUUGGAACAUUAAGCACCAGUCCUGUCCCUCCUGUAGCCAAGAUUCACUAAUGACUAUCAUGUCGUAAUUCCAUGAGUCAAUCCACACCCUCAGCUGGUCAGCCUUCCCCACAAUACUCCUUGCAUUGAAUUAGACACACCUCAGAAGAUUAUUACCACUACACAUAACCCUUCUAUUUCUGACUUUCAAUGAACUUUUAACAUCAAUUAUUUUCACCCUGCGCUCCACUAUCUGCUCUGGCACUCUGGUUCCUAUACCCCUGCAAAUUUAGUUUAAACCCUCACCAAUAGCACUAACAAACUUCCCUGCAAGGAUAUUGGUCCCCUUGUAGUUCAGGUGUAACCUGACUCUCUUGUACAGAUCCCACCUGCCCCAGAAGAGGUCCCAACGAUCCUGAAAUCUGAAACCCUGCCCCCUACACCAGUUCCUCAGCCAGAGCAUCCUAUUGUUACCCUCACUGGCACGUGGCAUGGAUUGCAAUCCUGAGAUUACCACCCUCGAGGUCCUACUUUUUAACUUACUACCAAGCUCUCUAUACUCACUCUUAAGGACCUCCUCACUCUUUCUUCCUACGCCAUUGGUACCGAUGUGUACCAUGACAUCUGGUUGCUCACCCUCCCACUUCAGAAUGCUGUGCACGUGAUCAGAGACAUCCCUGACCCUGGCACCUGGGAGGCAGUAAGCCAUCCGGGAGACUCGUCACGACCACAGAACCUCCUGUCUGUACCUCUAAUUGUUGGCACACCAGCGAGUUCACACUGGGGAGAAACCAUUCAUCUGCUCAGAGUGUGGGAAGGGGUUCAAUCAUUCAGCCAGCCUCCAGAAGCACUAUGGAGUUCACAAUGGGGGAAAAGUUUAUUAAGCUGCCUGGUGGAUAUUGAACCAGCACAGUUGCUGAAUCCAGAGGCAAGUUCACAAGUGACUGUUGUUGAACUCUGCAAUUACUGCUGCUGUUCAUCAGACCCAGGUCUGCACCCUGGUCACUGGGGAUAGGAGGAGUUUCUGCCAAUGUUCACAUUUAAUGGGACUGGAGUUUCUGUGAUAAAUAAAUCAGUUGUAUUUUAAAUUCUGUCUCGGGUACUCAGUGAAUCUACAACACUCCCAGUGUACAGUGGGGAGCCAACUCCACCCAGCUGCUCCCUGCCAGAAUUCCUGUUUUACGACAGAGUGUUUAAAUCCGACCCUGUUGUUCACACAUGAGGAAAUCUGCAGAUGCUGGAAAUUCAAACAACACACACAAAAUGCUGGUGGAACACAGCAGGCCAGGCAGCAUCUAUCAGAAGAAGCAGUGUCGACAUUUCGGGCCGAGACCCUUCGUCAGGACUAACUGAAAGGAAAGAUACUAAGAGAUUUGAAAGUAGGAGGGGGAGGGGGAAAUGCAAAAUGAUAGAAAAAGACCAGAGGGGGUGGGAUGAAGCUAAGAGCUGGAAAGAUGAUUGACAAAAGGGAUACAGAGCUGGAGAAGGAAAAGGAUCAUGGGACAGGAGGCCUCGGGAGAAAGAAAGGGGGAGGGGGGGAACACCAGAAGGAGAUGGAGAACAGGCAGAGUGAUGGGCAGAGAGAGACAAAAAACAACUAUGUCAGGGAUGGGGUGAGAAGGGGAGGAGGGGCAUUAACAGAAGUUAGAGAAGUCAAUGUUCAUGCCAUCAGGUUGGAGGCUACCCAGCCGGUAUAUAAAGGGUUGUUCCUCCACCUUGAGUUUGGAUUCAUUUUGACAUUAGAGGAGGCCAUGGAUAGACAUGUCAGAAUGGGAAUGGGAUGUGGAAUUAAAAUGUGUGGCCACUGGGAGAUCCUGCUUUCUCUGGCUGACUGAGCGUAGGUGUUCAUCAAAACUGUCUUCCAUUCUUCGUCAGGUCUCACCAAUAGAUAAAGGGCCAUACUGGGAGCACCGGACGCAGUAAACCAUACCAGCCGACUCACAGGUGAAGUGUCGCCUCACCUGAAAGGACUGUCUGGGGCCCUGAAAGAUGAUGAACAAGAAGAAAUGGGGAUGGGAGGUGUCCCAGUCAAUGUCACCAAAGACUCUUGCAGAUUUCUACAGAUGAGCUGUGGAGAGCAUUCUAACUGGUUGCAUCACCGUCUGGUAGGGAGAGGCCACUGCACAGGAUCGGAAAAAACUGCUGCAGUUGUAAACUCACACACCUCCGUCAUAGGCAGCAGCCUCCCCAGUAUCAAGAACACCAUCAAAGGCUGGAUCAGUCCUUGGCUACACCUGAACUCUUUUAAGUUAGUGAUGGAGAGGAGGUCACUAAACAGAUUGUUAUCCAUCAUGCACAAUCAGGCACAUCCUCUCCGUGACCUACUGAAUAAGCAGCGGAGCAUCCUUUCAAACAGACUCAAACAGCUCAGCAGUCACAGGAUCGUUAAAGAAAAUCUUCCCUACCAAAUGCAAUAAACAUAGACAACAGUUCAUCUCUGUGUGACAGGAGAACACACAUCAUGGUACAAUAGUCUCUGUUUUAUUAUUUCCCACAUUAUUAUUGCACAUUGGUAAAUUAUUAUUCUGUACUUUGUUAUUAGUUAAGUCUGCACACUGCUAAGUGUAUUUUAACUGUUGCUGCUGUAACGAAAGAAUUUCCCACUCUGGAUCAAUAAAGUAUUUAUUAUUGAAA